AUGUCAGACUCAGUCGAAUCAGAUGGAAAACACAUUCCCCCUACCAGCCAGGAUGGGAAAGGUUUCGGUGAAGUGUUUGACUUGGAUGAUGCUGUCCUGAGGGCGCAAGGCCAUGUGGCUGAGCUAGAACGGUCCUUCUCCUGGGUUGGAGCAAUCGGCCUGGCCUAUAGCAUCAUUGAUUCCUGGCUUUCCUAUGCCGCCUGCUUUGGUAUGGCCAUCGGUUAUGGGGGCGGCCAAACCGCUGUUUUUGGCUUAAUGAUCGCCUCGGCAGUCCAGUGGAUUGUCCUUCUGGGGCUGGCCGAAUUGUGCUCUGCUCUUCCCUCUUCUGGUGGUCAAUACCAUUUCACGUAUAUUGUUGCCCCACAGUUCUCGAAGAACUUCGCCGCCUACACGGUUGGCAUUUUUAACGUGGUGGCAUGGUGGGUGACCACUGCCUCUGGGGUUAUAUACACGGCUAUAUCGGCUUUUGGGAUUGCGAAGUUCUGGUAUCCAGAAUUUGCUGGCACACAGUGGCAGGUGUAUCUAUGCUACGUUCUUGUGGUGAUUUUGACACUCAUUCCCAUCUUCACUGUUCCACAAAAGCACAUUGAUCGGCUAACGCAGACGGCCAUGUAUUUGUCCGUUGUUGGUCUCCUCCUGGUGAUAAUAGUAUGCUUGUCAAUGGGUCGAGACCACUAUCGCUCGACUAAUAUUGUCGAAUACCGUGGUUCUAGUGGAUGGGGUCAUGGACCGGCAUGGCUCAUGAGUAUUGGCGUGGGCCAGUACUGCUUCGCUGCGACAAGCGCAUGCACUCAUAUCGCCGAGGAGAUGCCAAGUCCCGGAAGGAAACUGCCCCAAGUUAUCAACAUGACUAUGGUCAUUGGCGUCUUGACAGCUGUACCCUGGAUUGUGGUCAUGGUUACUGUGAUUACCGACCUCGAAGCGGUGCAGACAGCGUUUUUGCCUAGCAUGGAGAUUUUCUAUCAGGCAACUGGGAACAAGGUCGCUACUACAAUCCUGCAGGCGUAUCUAACUCUACUCUACUACACAUGCGUACCCAGCCAAUGGAUCGCCUCCAGUCGAAUCGCAUGGGCAUUUUCACGAGAUAAUGGUCUUCCGUUCUCUUCUUAUUGGAGCCACAUCGACCCAGUCCGCCAAAUCCCUAUUCGCACUACCCUAUUAGCUGCCUGUUUCUGUCUAAUAUACGGCCUCCUCUAUAUUGCCUCAACCGCAGCAUUCAACUCUAUCGUUAACACGGCAAUUCUCAUGCUGAAUAUAACGUAUACUAUCCCACAAGGAAUCCUAGCUACUUGCGGACGUAAUAAGCUACCCCGUCGACAUUUCGACUUAGGGCCUGUUAUUGGGUAUGCGGUGAAUAUUUUCUCGGUUAUUUGGUUGAUCAUCAGUGGGAUCUUCUUUUGUUUCCCAGUUACGGUUCCUACAACUCUGGAGAGCAUGAAUUAUAAUUCGGUGGUCAUCACGGGUUUAUUUGGACUUGUCUUAGUCCUCUGGAUUGAAAGGAGGCAUAAGUUUAAAGGACCGGAAAUUGAUUGGGACGCGCUGAAUGCUAGUAACGCGUUGAAAUAA